GACGCUGCCCCAUCUGACGCUUGGCUCGAGGCCUGCCUGUGCGGGCCGCGGGGCCAUCCCCGUCCAGGGCGGAGGUUGAAGGUCGCUGCCCAGCAUGGCGUCUGCCUGGGGCCCUGGCGUGGCAUCUGUGGUUGGUCCCGUGGGCUUCCUCGUGGUCCUGCUGGUCGGAGGCUGCGCGGCAGAAGAGCCCCCCAGGUUUAUCAAAGAACCCAAGGACCAGAUUGGCGUGUCGGGGGGCGUGGCCUCGUUCGUGUGCCAGGCCACAGGUGACCCCAAGCCACGGGUGACCUGGAACAAGAAGGGGAAGAAGGUCAACUCUCAGCGCUUCGAGACCAUCGAGUUUGACGAGAGCGCGGGGGCCGUGCUGAGGAUCCAGCCGCUGCGGACGCCCCGGGAUGAAAACGUGUACGAGUGCGUGGCCCAGAACGCGGUCGGGGAGAUUACGGUCCACGCCAAGCUCACUGUCCUCCGAGAGGACCAGCUGCCCCCCGGCUUCCCCAACAUCGACAUGGGCCCGCAGCUGAAGGUGGUGGAGCGCACACGGACGGCCACCAUGCUGUGCGCGGCCAGCGGGAACCCCGACCCCGAGAUCACCUGGUUCAAGGACUUCCUGCCGGUCGACCCCAGUGCCAGCAACGGGCGCAUCAAGCAGCUGCGGUCGGAAACCUUCGAAAGCACUCCGAUCCGAGGGGCCCUGCAGAUCGAGAGCAGCGAGGAGACGGACCAGGGCAAGUACGAGUGCGUGGCCACCAACAGCGCCGGCGUCCGCUCAUCCUCGCCCGCCAACCUCUACGUGCGAGCUCACAGGCCGCUGGCUGAUGAAGACGAGCACUGCUUUGGAGCAACCCCGGGGGCAGACUGCAGACCUGGCUUGCUGGCUCGCCUCUUCUGAGCCCACCGUGCCAGCUGGUUUUCUUCUGCUCCAACCCGUCCUGAUGCAGCUCAGCGGCCUCUCCAGAUCCAUCGCUCGCUCCUCCCACCCUCCUGAAUGAAAGGGGAUCUCGCUUAAAGAGGAGACUCCCCUUGCAGAUAAGCCCCAGCCUGCAUCUGCGUGUCCUGCCCGGACAGCUAGUGUACACAUCGCUGCUCAGGAAUUCAGUGUCCAGAACCCUCUUGUGCAACCUGACUCUUCUUUAAAAGGAGGGCUUCUAGCUUCUGCUGACUCCGGGUAGUUCCGGGGCCAGAAUAUUCAGACUUGCCCUGCUCCUCCGAAAUUGAUCUCGGUGAUUCAAAAGGCUGCGAUCAAAUCCAUGCUCGUGUUUAAAAGCACCUGGCCAGGAGCCCCCUGGGGAAAUACUCCUCAGAUCGUUGACAAGGUGGGA